AAGAAGAAAAAGAGGUUAAAAUACCACACAAAGAGGAGAAAGAAAUUAAGAAACCAUCUAAAGAGAAAGUGGUAGAGAAGCCUCAAAAAGAAGAGAAAGAGGUUAAAAUACCACACAAAGAAGAGAAAGAAGUCAAGAAACCAUCUACUGAAGACAAAGAGAUGAAGCCUACCAAAGAAAAGAAAGAAGUCAAGAAACCAUCUAAAGAGAAAGAGGCGGAGAAACCUCCAAAAGAAGAAAAGGAGGUUAAAAUAACGCACAGAGAAGAGAAAGAAGUCAAGAAACCAUCUAAAGAAGAGAAAGAGGUGAAGCCUACUAAAGAAAAGGUAGAAGUCAAGAAACCAUCUAAAGAAGAGAAAGAGGUGGAGCCUACUAAAGAAAAGGUAGAAGUCAAGAAACCAUCUAAAGAGAAAGAGGCAGAGAAACCUCCAAAAGAAGAAAAGGAGGUUAAAAUACCACACAAAGAAGAGAAAGAAGUCAAGAAGCUUCCUAAAGAAGAGAAAGAACCUGUGAAGAAGAGAGACACAAAGACAGACACCAAACCUAAAAAGGCUGUACGAAUUGAAGUAGUGAAGACAAAGGUCACGUCUUUCCUUAAGAGGGAACAUCUCAAUGUUACAAAAGCAGCUGAAGAACCUAAGAAGGCUGUCAGGGUUCUGAAAGCUGCUCGAAGGCAGAUUGUUCCUAUCCUGAAAAAGGAACGUGUGAAUAUGACAAAAGCAGAAGUUCCUGAGGUUCCCAAAGUGAAAGCCAAGCCAGUAUCUAUAGAGAAAGUGGCAGUUUCUAAGGAGGCCGAGGAGAAACCAAAACCAAAAAUCAAGCCUGUAAAACCAGACAUUGAUGCACUGAAGGAAAAGCAAAAGCCAACCCCUUCAAAGAAAGAAGCUCAAAGGGAAAAGGCCAAAGCAGCAGCACCACCACCUGUGAAGAAAGGCAAGAAAGAGGUGGCUACUCCAAAAGAAAAGGCCAAAGCAGUCAUCCUGAAAAAAGAACAAGAAAGCCCUUCUAGAAAUGCCUCCCUUGUGAAAGAGAGGGUCAGAAUUGUACCAAUGAAGAAAGCAGUCAGGCCACCUAAAGAGAGCAUCAGGAUUGUGUCUGCAACAACAGCCGAGAAGCACAAACCAGUUUUAACAAAGAGAGAACCUCUCAAGACAAAACCAGUUGUCAAAGAGGCAGAGGCAGCGCAUAGAAAUGUAUCUCUUACAAAGGAGAAGGUGAAGGUGGUGCCACUCAGGAAAGUGCCUGUAACUCCAAAAGAGAAAGUCAAACCAGCCUCAUUGAAAAAAGCUGAAGUUGUGAAGGAGAAGAAAGUCGAGCCGGUGACUCUCAAAAAAGCUGAAGUUGUGAAGGAGAAGAAAGUCGAGCCAUUGACUCUCAAAAAAGAAGCCGUGGAAGACAAAGAUAAAAAGACAAAACCCUCACAGAAAGAAACUGAAGCUAAGCCGGUUCUUGUCAAAAAAGAACUAAAACCUGUGAAGGAGAAGCCCAAACCAGUUCAAGAAAAGAAAGCUCCUUCUAAAACAGAGACUCACGCAGCAGAGGAAAAGGUCAAAUCACUGCUGAAGAAGAAAGAGCCCCAAGAACCAGAAGAGAUGAGAGUCAAACCACAUGUUAAAAAAGGUACAUUAUGUAUGCCGUGUGUUGUAAAAUAGACCAAAACUCAGUUAUGAGUUUUAUAUUCAACCUAUUUUCUUUCUGAUGGCACAACUGCAUUAGAGGAGAAUCUCAAACCAGUCUGUAUGAAGACGUUUUUGGUGAUUUUGGACGACAUACUAUACUAUGACAUUUGUGACUGAUUU